AUGUUGACAUCAAAGUGUUUGAAAGGAGUUAUGACUGGAUAUCCUUUAGCGAUAAAUGCUACAAAUAUCAAAGUAACUGAAGUAGACUUUAAUCCAGAAUUUAUAACCCGCGUCAUACCAAAAUUAGAUUGGGAAGUACUUUGGACGGCUGCGAACAGCAUCGGUCACGGCGAAGGUUUGCCUAAAAUUCUGGAGCCUAAAUAUGAAGACAAUGAGGAACUUUUGAAGAAAGUUCAUAGAGUAUUAUUAGAGGUUGAAAUUGAGGAAGGUAAUCUUACUUGCCCGGAAUCUGGCAGACAGUUUCCUAUUUCUAAAGGUAUUCCAAAUAUGUUACUAACAGAAGCAGAAGUACAAUAA